CUCUGGUGGACAUAAGCAAACAUGUCCGCUAAAGGGUUAGUUUCUGUCGUCAUCAUUAUGCGGCAGAUUCCCCGUCGCUGUUAGCAACAUGUGAAGAAAUCCUAGCUUACAGCAUGGAGAACACGGAGGAGAAUGCUAUUGAGCUCCACGGAGAUGAGGAGAUUAUUGAAGUGAUCGACCUGAACGACACCGAGCCUGGUCCAGAUGACUUGGCUGACGUGCUGGGAGAUGCGGACUUUGAAGAAUCCGCAAACCCGGAGGAGGAUGAAGGCUGGGAGACAGAAGAUGAGAUGGAAGCUGAGGCAGAUCAGGAUGACAGCGAGCUGACCUUCUCCAAACACACAGGCUCGGUGUUCUGUGUGAGUUUGGACCCGGCCACAAACAGUCUGGCAGUGACAGGAGGAGAGGAUGACAAGGCGUUUGUCUGGAGGGUGAGCGACGGAGAGGUUCUGCUGGAGUGCUCCGGACACAAGGACUCUGUGACGUGUGCCAUGUUCAGCCAUGACUCCUCUCUGGUGGCUACUGGAGACAUGAGUGGCCUGAUCAAAGUGUGGAAGAUGGAAACCAAAGAGGAGAUCUGGUCGUUUGAAGUGGGAGAUUUGGAGUGGCUGGAGUGGCAUCCAUGCGCUCCGGUGCUGCUGGCGGGAGCCAACGAUGGCAGCGUGUGGAUGUGGAAGAUCCCUGCAGGCGACUGUAAAACCUUCCAGAGUCCAGCGUGUCAGGCCACCAGCGGCAAAGUCCUGCCUGAUGGAAAACGAGCCGUCGUGGGUUACGAGGAUGGAACGGUCCGGGUUUGGGAUCUAAAGCACGGGAAUGCUAUCCACGUUAUUAAAGGUCAGGAUGGACACCAGGGGGCGCUGACCUGCCUGGCGUGCAACAGGGACGGCUCUCUGGUCCUGACGGGUUCAGUGGACGGCUGUGCCAAGCUGAUCAACACCGCCACAGGCAAGGUUGUAGGGGUGUUCGCUGUGAAGGGAGGGGCAGAAAAAGGAGCCAAAGACGAGGAGGAAUCCAACUCUGUGGAGUCUGUGGGCUUUUGCAACAUUUUGCCUCUUAUCGCCGUGGCAUACCUGGAUGGAACUCUGGCCAUUUACGACCUUUCAUCUCAGGCUCUGAGGCACCGGUGUCCACAUGAGGCGGGCAUCGUCCACCUGCAGUGGGAGGAGUCUUCUUCUGUGGUUUCCACCUGCAGUUUAGACGGAGCGCUGCGCUUAUGGGACGCUCGUUCUGGAAACAUGCUGUCCGAGUACCGCGGCCACGCCGCAGAGAUCCUCGACUUUACCGUCAACAGGGAAGCGUCUGUCGCUGUUACCGCCUCCGGAGACAACCAGGCCAAAGUCUUCUGCCUCCAGAGACCUGAUCGAUAAAUCCCAGCGGAGGAACUGAGUCAGGAGAGACUGACUGUUGUUGAUGAGAACGGAUCCUCCCUUUUCUCCUCAGGAUUAUGACUAAUCUCUGGUUUUUCAUCCUUCCUGUGUGUCACUGGUAGAUGCUGAAGAUUCGGAAAAAAAGUCUUUCUGCUUUUUUCUGUUUAAAUGUUCAGAUAAUCCAACAGAUUCACGGUGGCCACAUCCACUUUUAAUGUUAAAUGAAGCCCAUUUCCUGUAAUUUAACUGUAACUUUUGCGUCCGAGGACGUGUGUGUGGGCUGUUCCUGCUCUCGGAUGAAGUUUUUCAUGUAAAUAAAACAAAACCCUCCCGUCUGGGUAACUUA